AUGCCUAGAAAUCGUUUUGAAUUAAUCCUUCGGUUUUUACAUUUUUCUGAUAAUGAAAAAUUUGAUGGUGAUAAAAUUGAUAGAGUACGCAAUUUAGUUGAAAAAAUGAUUCACAAUUUUCAAAACGUAAUAGAACCAGAUGAACAUUUAGCUGUUGACGAGACUAUGGUCCCUUUUCGUGGAAGGUUGGGUUUCAGGCAGUACAUACCCGGAAAGUCACACAAAUAUGGCGUGAAAUUGUUUAAGUUAUGUGGAACAGACGGGUACACAUAUAAUGUGCAAAUCUAUGCAGGUAAAAGCCAAGUUGACGGGAAAGGGCUUGCGUGCAAAGUUGUGUUGAAUUUAUGUCAGAUGUAUUUAAAUGCUAAUCGGACUAUAACCACAGAUAAUUUUUACUCUUCAUUACCCCUUGCGUAUGAACUUUUGAAAAAUAAAACACCUUUAAUAGGAACUCUACGCUCUAAUAGAGUUAAGGUACUUGGAGUAACGGAUGCGAAGUUAAAACGAGGAGAAAUUGUUGGUAAGGAAAAUGCCGACGGAAUUGUUAUUGGUAAAUGGAGAGAUAAACGAGACAUUACUAUGUUGUCGACUCGACACGGCAUUGACAUGAUAGAUAUGGGUAAAAAAAAAUAG